CUUAUAAUUUACUUUGAAAAACUUAUUUUAUUUUAAGUUUUCAUAAAUAAAUUAACGUACAUUUCUAUAAUCAUUAUUUCUUUAUGCGCUAUAUUAUCACAAUUCACGAGAUGAAGAAAACAACAGCAAUGUGCUUUUUACUGAGCUUUCCUGAAUAAACAGUCUGAGCCUGCCUUAACUUUAAGGCUGCGCCGUGGUGUACCUAUACUGGUGCUUACAUUUCAGGACGCUUCUGAAAAGCUCUCUAGUUUUCAGUGAGAUCGCGCCUGCGGUGGUGAACGCACGUUUAUUCUCCAUCGCAUUUCUCGGGAAUAAGCACGAUAAAAACAAACAGUGGGAGAGUAUUUGCGAUAUUAUGCUAAUUCGGCGUUAUUUAGUAAAUCAAAGGUAACACAAAGAUGAAAGCGUGGACAGCGCACGAACAGGACACGACGCUGUCCUGCUGUAGAUCGCUGCACGUGAAACACGCCGCGUACGCGAGUGCCCUCUAUACACUGAAUAUAUCAAUACUGGUAGUGCUGCUGUACAGCUGGAGGAUAGGUGUCAAUGCAAAGAGAUACAAGGAACUUGACGAUGUAUAUUACGGUGUACAGAUAGCAUAUUUUGCAAUUAUAGGAACGCAAAUGUUUAUGAUUAUCCUCAGCAUAUUCCUGUUUUACGGGAUUUAUAAAGAAAACAUCGCAUUCUUGGUGCCAUGGGUCGUUGGUUGCAUGACCUUUAUGGCCUUAGAAGCGAUGGCCAUGGUCUACUCAAACAUACUCCGAGAUCACGUCAACAAACAAUUCGACGCGAUAUGCAAAGCGGAGGUUUUAUUUUUAAUACCAAGAGUACUUCUAAAUUGUCUAUGCAUAUGGUGCGUAUUACGCCUCUACCAUCUCCUAAGGGCCGGCAUCACGUGGAAGGGUUCCGCGGCUAUCGAGCUGUGACUAAUGCCGCGACCAGACGCGCGACCCGACUCGCCCACCCGCCCCCCUCCGUGUGAAACAAGCCUAUUACUUGGCGGUGCUGAAAGUGAUACGGAUGCCAGUCUGCAUUCGCUAUGACAAAUCUUCCGUUUGUAGUAAUUAGUUGAAAUAACUUUGUAUUUAUUCACCGUCAUUAUUUAUGUUUAAUAGUUGAUCAAUAUACUAAGGUACCAUAAAAAUGUACACAAUUAUUUAUUUUGUUAUAUUUUGUUCUGAAUUUGGGAAAUAGCGCAAAGUGCAAAAUAUCUUAUUCUACAAUUCUACCAAUGAGAAACGUAACAGAGUGAAAUAAUAGCGCGUUAUUUAACGUAUUUUCUU